AACUUUUCACAUUUAAAUACUAUGUUUAGUAUAUUAUUUAUUUUUAAUUAUGUAUUGUAAUAAAAAAAAAUUUAAAAUAGUCAUUUAGUUAUAUAAAUAGUGUAAUUAUGGUAGUAUAUUGCUAUAAAAUAAAAUGAAAAGGUAAAUUUUAAAUAUUUUAAAAUUUAUGGAUUGUAUAAAAAUUAAGAAAUAAAUAGAAAAAAUAUAUUAGAGUAGAAAAUAGAAGUAAUCAUUGGAGCAAAUUUUUAGAAUACUCUACUUUUAGGGUAAAAAAUAUAGGCAGCUAUUGAAAAUGGUCUCUACUCAUAAAUAGAUUAUUACUCUGUUACAUACAGUUGUCUUGCUCUCUAUAGAGUAUAAUGUAUCACAUUCCAUUAAAUCUGGAUAUAUCCUUGCAUCUUAACCUGCUCUCUAUGGGGUAUCUAUAUCACUUUUCAAUUAAAUCUGGAUAUGUCCUUCCAGUAAUGUGAAACUUUGAAGGUCAGUUACAAAGGGUCAAAAAAAGUAUGAUUUUAAAACUCAGAAAAAGUAACUACUCUGCUCAUGUGGGACGACUCUUGUAGAGCAUUACGAUAUUUAUAAUUCUUAGACAAAUAAUUUGUAGCAAUACUUUUUGACUUGUCUAUCAGUCGAGACCAGAGAGAGACGUAUAUGCUUGCUUCACUAUAUCUUUCAUAAAAUCCAGAAGAAUUGAAUACUAUAAAUGUAUACAACAAACAAGAUUUGGUUGCUUUGAAGUUACUCCCAGUAUCUGCCCAUAUAAGCUGUUGGAAACAAAUAAAUAUAAACUUCCAAAUAUCUGCCCAUAUUAAGCUUACCAAUUUCAUACUUUCUUUGCUGUCAUUUUUCUUAAAUUCCCAAAUUAAAUUAAAUAAAAAUAAAAAAGAAUAGAAGAAAAGGUUACGUGUCCAGUGUCAGUGCUACGUGUCCGUAUGGAAAAUAAAGAAACAUAGAUCUUUGUCUCAUUUUUUAAAAAUUAUAUAAAUACCUCUAUAAUAUAGUGAGUAUAUAAUUUAAUAAUCUCACACCAAGUCACCAAGACACCAACCAAAUGGAAACUGAAAUCGUCUCAGAGUUUCUUCCCUUCGGUCGUAUCUACAAAGACGGUCGCGUGGAGCGUCUCACCGGCACCGAGAUCAUCCCUCCUUCACUAGACGCAACAAACGACGUCGUUUCAAAGGACGUCGUAUACUCCACGGAACAUAACCUCUCCGUCCGUCUCUUCCUCCCUCACAACAACAACAACAACAAGCUCCCUCUGCUAAUCUACAUCCACGGCGGAGCUUGGAUCAUCGAGUCACCUUUCUCCCCCCUCUACCACAACCACGUCGCGGAGCUCGCCAAGUCCGCCAACUGCCUCGCCGUCUCGGUCCAGUACCGCCGCGCGCCGGAGCACCCGAUCCCGGCGGCGUACGAGGAUUCUUGGUCGGCGAUUGAGUGGAUCUUCUCCCACGCCGGUGGAUCCGGUCCGGAGGAAUGGAUCAACCAGCACGCAUAUUUCGAGAGAGUUUUCAUCGGCGGAGACUCCGCCGGAGCCAACAUGUCGCACCACAUGGCCAUGAGAGCGGGUAGGGAGAAGCUUGAGCCGAGGAUCAAAGGUGUUGUGAUCGUUCAUCCAGCUUUCUGGGGGACUGAUCCUGUCGACGAGCUUGACGUGCAAGACGCGGAGACGAGGAGAGGAAUCGCGCAAGUUUGGGAGGAGAUCGCUAGUCCGAACAGUGUUAACGGUACGGAUGAUCCGUUAUUUAACGUGGUCGGAUCCGGGUCGGAUUUUUCCGGGUUGGGAUGUGAGAAGGUUUUGGUUGCUGUGGCGGGGAAAGAUGUGUUCGUGCGGCAAGGGUUGGGUUACGCGGAGAAGCUGAAGAAGAGUGGGUGGGGAGGGGAUGUGGAGGUGGUUGUGGAGGAAGAGGAAGGACAUGUGUUCCAUCUGCAGAACCCUGACUCUGAGAGUGCUUUGAGAUUCUUGGAUAGGUUUGUCGAGUUUAUAACCGACGGUUCAAAUGGUGAUGAUGAUUUUGUGAAUGUUCUUUGAUGAUGAUAAUAGUGUGAUUACCUGUGUUGGAUAAAUUUUUAAAUUUGUUGUACCUGUUUUUAAUUCGAUUUGUUUUACUCAUUAUAUGUUUGCAAGAAAUAAACUGAAUCAAAGAUAUUGCUUGAUGCU